AACAAGUUUUACUGGCACACUGCUUCUGAAAUAACCGAGCAACUUUACUUAGAAAAAAAAGUUUGUAGGAGAAUUUUUCAUCCUUACAUUUGCCUUAUGGCUACAUAAGGAUUUCUCUGACAAAGAAAGCAUGUCAGGAAGCUCUGAAUGCUUUUAUGUCUGGAUAAUUCUAGCCUUUUUGGGAUUAGCUCUGAUUGUAUCACUGAUCUUCAAUAUUUCCCACUAUGUGGAAAAGCAGCGACAAGAUAAAAUGUACAGUUACUCUGAAGACUAUAUUCCCAGGGAGGAGGAGUAUUAUGUUGAAGACACACCAAUUUAUGGUAACUUAGAUGACAUGGUCCCAGAACCAGUGGAUGAAAAUUGCUAUGAACAAAUGAAAGCCCGACCAGAGAGAUGUACAAAUGAACUGCAAGGAGCCACCCUGCCUACACAGGCAUCCGAGGAAGCACAGGUAUUCUAUGCCUCGCUGGAUCACAACUGUGAGGGGAAGAACAGGAAGCCCAAGAAACACAAUAAUUAUGUGUUAGACAAGGAUGAAGAUGAGCAGUUACAUGCAGAGGACGUCAGCCUCUCUAAGACCACUUUGGUAAACAGUUUCCCACUUGAGAACCCGGAAAUAGAGGAAAAUGUUCAUGAUGAUCCCAUCAGACUGUUUGGAUUGAUUCGUGCAAAGAAAGAAUCUAUAAACUAGCUGGACUGUGACCUAGCUCAAUAACCUGGCUCUUACUGGAGAUGUUAAAGAAAACAAAAUCCGUAUGUGGCACAACAUGGUAUGGGAGGGUGACGAUCUAAAUCGUUUGUUAGGGGGAUGGUGGCUUAUCUCUCAUCCAGAGCUUAGGUUCUUGCACACCAAAUGUAAUGGCAUGAAAAUUAGUUGUUUAGAUUUGCUUAACACAUGCCUAAUAGUAAAAUGUAAAAUGAAAUAUUUCAAGGUCGCAAAUUGAGCCUAAUUACGAAGUCACAAAUUCACCAAUACUUAAUACUCAGAUAAAACAAACAAAAAAAAUGUUUUAAGCAUAAGUAUCUUCUAGAACAUGUUGAAAGAAAAAUAAAAGCCAC